GUCCGUCACCCAGCACCGGGAGGGGCGCUGGGGUUGGGGCUGGGUGUGGGGCGGACCUGUAGGGGCGAGGGGCCAGAGGUCAGGGAAGCUGAGGCCCUGGUUGACAGGCGGGGCCAACGUGGAGUGGGGGGGUCGGCCGGGGGCUAGCGGCAGUGGAGGAGGGGGCAUGCGGUGCUCACUGAGGGUGUGGGUUCUGCUGGGCUCCCUGGGCCUGGUCUUUCUCACCUCCGUCUUCUUCUCCAUCUCCCUGAGGGGGGGCGUCAGCCUGCCCUACCUGGACCCACCUGGAUGGGAGGAGUCCCGCCGAGUCAAACUAGUGCCCAACUACGCUGGUGCCCACCAGCUAGGCCCUCUAGAGGGCAUCCAGCAGGAGAAGACAUGUGCCUGCCCCCGCUGUGUGGGGGACCCUGGGGUGUCGGACUGGUUCGAUGAGAACUACGACGCGGACAUCUCCCCCGUGUGGACACGGGAUAACAUCCAGUUGCCUUCAGACGUCUACUAUUGGUGGGUGAUGCUGCAGCCUCAGUUCAAGCCCCACACUAUCCAGCAGGUGCUGCUGCGGCUGUUCCAGGUGAUCCCAGGCCGCUCCCCCUACGGCUCUUGGGACCCCGCCCGCUGCCUGCGCUGUGCAGUGGUGGGGAACUCAGGCAACCUCCGUGGGGCCGGGUACGGGCCCACCAUAGAUGGCCACAACUACAUCAUGAGGAUCAACCUGGCCCCCACUGUGGGCUAUGAGGAGGAUGCAGGCAGCCACACCACCCACCACUUCAUGUACCCAGAGAGUGCCAAGAACCUGGCAGCCAAUGUCAGCUUCGUCCUGGUGCCGUUCAAGACCCUGGACCUGCUGUGGAUCACCAGCGCACUCUCCACUGGACAGAUCCGCUUUACCUACGCCCCUGUGAAGCAGUUUCUACGGGUGGACAAAGACAAGGUUCAGAUUUUCAACCCAGCCUUCUUCAAGUACAUCCAUGACCGCUGGACCAAGCACCAUGGACGCUACCCCUCCACAGGCAUGCUGGUCCUGUUCUUCACUCUGCACGUGUGUGACGAGGUGAAUGUGUUUGGCUUUGGCGCUGACAGUCGAGGCAACUGGCACCACUAUUGGGAGGAGAACCGCUACUCUGGAGAGUUCCGGAAAACAGGGGUACAUGACGCAGACUACGAGGCCCAGAUCAUUGACUCUCUGGCGAAGGCCGGAAAGAUCACAGUUUUCCCAGGAAAGUGAGGAGAGCUGGAGGUGUGGUGGGCUGGACAGGACAGGCUUACAGGAACAUUAGAGUACUCAUCACCACCAGACUUCUUUACGUGCUUAGUUAUCUGUUUCUUUGUGCUUUGCAUAGAGAGGGUUCCAAAACACUAGAUCAUACGUUGCCUGAUGACCCUGUUCCCAUUGUGCAGUAGGGUAAGAUGCUGGUAGUUGUGAGUGAAACUACAUGUGACUACACACUCUGCCCCCAACAGGCCUACCUCCAUAGCCCAAAGCCCUGAAGAGAAAGGGACGGUCAGAACUAUAGGGCUCCUGUAGUGGGGGCAGAGAGGUCUGGCCUAGCCACUGUAUGGACCUGUGAACCAGUCCCAUCCACAAUCCCACCUCCUGCUCAUCCACAGGGGGUUGAGUCAUCACAUGCCUUAGGGGUCUCACACCCAGACUCCGCCCCAUCCCACUCUGUAGCCCCCACCCUAAAUGUCAUGGCAACCAGUGACGGACACUGAUCUAUCCAUGCCAUGUCCACACCCACCUGUAGAGCUACUGCUAAAGCUCCUUCGCCCCUCGGAGCUAGGUAGUUGAAGUUUACGUGGUUGGAAUCCCAGAGGCUACUUCAAAAUAAGAGUUACUGUUGUAAUUAUAUGACUAUCAUGUUGAAGGUAUGUACGGCCCACAGGGAUUUGAUCACAUAUACAGUAUUAACCGUUUUAUUUGUUUUAACUAUUUUAAGUGACUAAUCAUCCUGCUAAUUAGGUAGAUUGGGGAGAGGCUUACACAUGGUCAAAAACAACAUAAGCAGACAUAGAGAGAUAAGACUAACACCACUCACUCAUUAACAUACACACACACUCUCCCACACAUACACAAGUUCACACAAUGUUCUUGAUGAAUUAGAGCAAAUACCACUAAGUAUUGGACUGAGUAAAAAGAGCUCACACUAAGAUGACCUGCUGCCUCCUGCUGCCUGUUAAGGGAUACUGCAUCACUCUGAGGCCCAGACAUUAUGCAUACAUAGGACAAACUGAAGGCUGCCUCUUCUGUGUCAUAUGAUGACCACUUGAUAACUGAAAGUAAUAUGGCACAACAUAACUAACCCGACUGCUAGUACAAAAUGCCAUUAUAUUUUCAGAUCAGAGUUUAGGAACUCUGAAAAGGCAGGUAGCUUAGUCGGUAGCCUAGGCAGGUAGCUUAGCGAUUAAGAGCGUCGGCCAGUAACCGAAAGG